AUUGAUCAGCAGCUCUUCGAGAAACAGAUUCUGUCUCCCGGCAGCAUCACCUCGGACAACGCUGACGCCUUCAAAACGACCAACUUCUCAAGCUUUGUCCGUCAGCUCAACCUGUACGGCUUCAGGAAAGCCGACCCAGCCAACACAGCUCCAACCAAUGUGAUCACUGGAACGCAUCAUCAUUUUUUCAACCCAAACUUUAAGCGAAACCACCCUGAACUUCUUGUGAAUCUGAGGAGACUCACCGUCGACAAUAAGGCCAAGCUACAAGCUGGUCUGAAUGUGAAUUGUCGUCCCCCGAGUCGAUACCAGCGACUUAGUGGGGGUGAUGAUGGAAGAGAUAAAAAUAUUAAAAGAAGCAGUUCUUCACUGCUUGACCACAAGGAAUCAACUCAUCCUUACUAUCCAAACAAAGCUCAGUCCAUUACAGCACACAAUGGAACCCCAGUUCCACCACGUUACCUGAUAAGGGGUCAUGGUGCAGGUCUUCCUCCUUCUGUCUUUGCUACAGACAAAGGCAUAGCGGUCCCUUUAAGCCACCACUACACUGGAGUAGCCUCCAGCCCCAAUGCUUUGCACAUUCAACAGGGUUUACUGGCUCGUGCAAACCAUGGCAACCACAAUUUCACCAGUUUUAAUGUUCAUAACGCACAAUAUCAGCCUGGCUACUUUUCCCCAGGUUGCCAGUGCUACCAUCCAAACCUUGUGGCAUCACAUAUGAAAGCUAGUGGCCUUCAAACAGGGCAAUCCCCUUUCCACAGUUAUUACCAGGCAGGCUAUCCUGUGAAUAAUCUGUGUCAUGGGGACCAGAACCAGGAUUUGCAGUAUAAGGAAAACCUUGAGAUGAAGAAAUGUGACGUAAACUUGGACACAAUUUUCCAGAUUGCCGACGAGGUGAUGCAAACUCCCAAUAACUGCCUGGUUAGAGUUGUGACCCCAGAGAAGCCAGGCACUGUGUCAUUCAACACCAGUAACACCACACUGCAGGCAUCCCCACAGAAUGACAACCCUGGCAGUACCAGGAAAGCCAACCCUUUAUGUCCCGGACCCAUUAUAAUGGCUGUGUCAGGCAACAUUAACCUAGUCACUUGUGAACAGCAGGAAGGAUCUGUGGUUUCAGUACCUGAGCAAAUGCCUGAAGAUGUCAUAUUGGAGGUCACCAGUGAUGAUGCAAAGGACAGUGAGGUCGUAGGUGUGGAGUCUAGCCAAACUCUUGGGGAUUCCAGCCCUCCUUAAAACAGCAGCUGCACGGGAAGUACACCACAUGUGUAGAUCUCAACUUAUUGAUUUGAUUGGCAUGUGACAGGGAGUCUUGAUUCACUACAGGAUGUCAUGUUCUCACUUUGACCAGACUUAAUUCUCCACUUCAUUUGUUGCUGUAUUUUAAUUGAAAUCUAAUUGUACAACUACUGCAAAAGUAGUAGUAGCUUGUACCUUUCUAUAGUGGUAUCUUUCCUUAUUGUUAGUGACUUUGGAAAAUACAUUAAUUUGAAUGAUAUUUUUGAUUCUCCAAGAAUAAGAAUGACUUGUACCAUAGUGCAUGUAAAAAAAAAAAUGUAAUAUGCAUUUUAUUUUAAUAUGCAGAUUUUUUUAAUAUGCACUUUAUUUUAAUAUGCACAUUUUUGACUGACAAUUUAUUCUAACUAACUUAUUCUAACUAAUUUAUUCUAAGUGUUUGUCGAGGCAAGUUGUAACAAAGCGAUGUAAUACAUAGAUACACCAUAUAUAUUAAAUUAUUUAUGAAAAUAUAGUUAUUUUAGUCUACUUGUGAUUGUUUGUUUUGUGAUAGUGACUCAGUGGUGGUUGUAUUUCCCAAGCCUUCUAUUUUUCACUGCAUUGCCUCCAGCAUGUAGUGUUUUUUAAAAUAUGUAACAGACAUUUUUAAAGGCAUGUGUGUAAAAGUAUAUGUGUAUAGUCAUUAAAAUGUAAUAUCGAUUCGA